UGACUGAGCGUGUGAAGAAAACUAGGCUAGAAAGAUGUAAGGAAAUUUAAAGCUAUUUUCGCAGGCACGGCAAAGCACCAUCUUUUUCACUGACGAAUGCCUGUUUUCAACAGACCAAUUCCUGAACAUCCAAAACGAUGAGCUCUGCAGAAGCCAGCCGACAUGGAGGGGUUGCUCAGCGAUCUGUACACCGCAAGUCGUUGAUGGUUUUUGGGGCAAUCACAUCGGACGAUGCCCCAAAAACCUUUUCUUGGAGAAAGGGGUCAUGGUGGAUAGCAAGACCUUCUUAAAAGGCGUGUUGGAGAAGGAGGUGCUCUUCAGGGCAAAAUCCCUAUCGGCAAUAGGACAUGGAGUUAUCAGCAGAACUCAACUCCAGCACACAAGUCCGUGCUGGUACAGGACUGGUGCGGAACGCAUUUCCCAGACCUCAUCUCGUCGGACUGUUGGCCCCCAAACAGUCCAGUCCAAAUCCAUUGGACCAUUCCCUGUGGUUCAUAGGAAGAAAGCCUGCUCUACUAAGCACAGAAGUUUGGAUGCUCCACGUGCAACCCCCGUUGGAGCAUGGGAGGUUUCGGACGAAGGCUACCUCCGUGCUGCCGCCGACGCAUCUUCUAGGAGAAGUUCGCCCUGUAUUCGCGCAAAAGGAGGCCAUUUCGAGAUCUAG